CUGAGGAGGUUUGUUCCCGCACGGACGCCGUUAGCUGGUGCUCCCCCUCCCUCCACCUCAGCGGCGAGACAAACUGGGAUAAACUAUCAAAACAAAGUACCGGUGCUCGUAUUUCCGUGUUCAUAUCAGUGAUAUUUCACCACCAGCGGUCCCGCUGCUGCCAUGGACGGCUCGCCCGCAGCGCUGCGGUGCCUGGACGCGGGCCACGCCGCGGAGAGGUUUACGGACGAGGCGGUGGAGACGGUGACUUCUGCCGAGCAGAAAAAAGUGGAACAAAGCAUUGAAGAAGUCAUAAAUGUUUACAAGCAAAUGCACAGCUCAUCACAGCCAACAUUGAUGCGUGAGCAGCACUAUCAAUAUCUCAAGAAGGGAUUACGUCAUCUAUCAGAUGCUUAUGAGUGUCUGGAUGCCAGCAGGCCGUGGCUUUGCUUCUGGAUCCUUCACAGCCUGGAGUUACUAGAGGAACCUAUUCCUCCUGCUGUCGCCUCAGACGUGUGUCAGUUCCUGUCCCGCUGUCAGAGCCCCAGCGGGGGCUUCGCUGGAGGUCCCGGUCAGCACGCCCACCUGGCCCCGACCUACGCUGCUGUCAACGCCCUCUGCAUCAUCGGCACGGACGAGGCCUACGCCGUCAUAGACCGGGAGAAGCUCCUAGAUUUCCUCUGGUCAGUGAAGCAGCCGAACGGCUCCUUCGUGAUGCACGUUGGAGGGGAGGUGGAUGUCAGGAGUGCUUACUGUGCAGCUUCUGUAGCGUCGCUCACAAACAUCAUCACAACUAAACUGUUUGAAGACACGACCAACUGGAUCCUCAGGUGUCAGAACUGGGAGGGCGGUCUGAGCGGAGUCCCAGGGCUGGAAGCUCAUGGCGGUUAUACUUUCUGUGGCACAGCGGCGCUCGUCAUCCUGGGCAAAGAACAUAUGCUGGAUCUCAAAGCUUUAUUACGCUGGGUGGUCAGCAGGCAGAUGCGAUUCGAGGGCGGUUUCCAGGGCCGCUGUAACAAACUGGUGGACGGCUGUUACUCAUUCUGGCAAGCUGGACUUCUGCCGCUGCUCCACAGAGCCUUGUUCAAAGAAGGAGAGUUGGAGCUGAGUCGGCAGCGGUGGAUGUUUGAGCAGCAGGCCCUGCAGGAGUACAUCCUCCUGUGCUGUCAGAAUCCAACCGGGGGCCUUCUGGAUAAGCCUGGCAAGUCCAGAGACUUCUACCACACGUGUUACUGCCUGAGCGGCCUCUCCGUAGCGCAGCACUUCGGAAACAUGGACAUCCAUCACGAGACGGUCCUCGGCAAGGAGGAAAACAGACUGGCUCCGACUCAUCCAGUUUACAACAUUUGUCCGGAGAAGGUGGCUCACGCCCUGCAGCACUUCCUCCGCCUGCCCGUCCCCAACGACAGCAGGCGCCCGGGAGCCUCGGCCGACCCCGAACCCUCCCCGCCGGCCGAGCCCUAGACCGUCCCAGUCUCAGAUCGUGCCUGAACCAGCCGACUCUGGGGAUCAGACUCGAGCCAGAGAGCAGCAGUCAGGUCUGACGUGGGCCGUCACCACGACCGGCAGGAAGACGGACCGCCGGCAGCGACCAGGGCUGGAGUUUAGGAGGGGUUUUCCUGAAUAAAGUACAAAAAAAAACAAAAAAAAUACUCUUGGACAGUUUGGAAUUCCGCUGGAUUCUUGCUCGUAUCGCCUUUUGUUUUCACCUACUGAGACAAAACGGUAACUUUAUGCGGCUUCAACAUGACCCUAGUCAAUAAAAGUUUAUAUGGCAAUUCUCAUCGUGGAGUUGUAAAUGUUUUUACAUUUUAAAUGAUGGGUGUAACUCUCCGACGCAUUCCAGAUGAUCAAGCGCCACGUAAACAGUUUAAAGAUGAGAAUGUGAAACUGGAAAUAAGAGUCUUUGCUGAAGCCAGACGGGCUGCAUUUCAGUACAUGAUGCUCUGACGGUUGAAUAAGUGACAUUUUUGAUCAGAAAUAAACAAUCUCCUCUUCUAGAGUUGGUUUAAUUCGGCAGCUAACAGCUCUGUGAUUUUGAAACUGGUUUAGUCUGGUCUCUUAAUUAUUUCUUCAUAACCAUGUUUUCAGAUGGAUUUUUUUAAUCAGUGAAACCCAGAAAUCCCCUCAUUAUGACACCACUGCCACCGUGUCUGGCAUGUCAAACACGUGCAUCCUUUUCUCCUCCAGUCACUGUCAAGGUUUCAUUUGUUCAAACAAGACUUUCUAGUUUAAUUUAAUCCGGUUAUGAGUGUAAUCAGUGGGUAGCAUGAUGAAGUGCAGCAGCAUUUUCAAGAUGCUUGUCUGUAUCAGUCUCCCGACUCAAAGGUCCUCUUUGACUUGGUGUUUCACUUUCUUUAUUAAAGAUUGGGCCAUGUUUCUCU